AUGGGUCUCACUGUUUCGAAGUUGUUUGACAGACUGUGGGGUCGCAAGGAGAUGCGCAUCCUGAUGGUCGGUCUCGACGCCGCUGGUAAAACCACCAUCCUUUACAAACUCAAGCUCGGUGAAAUCGUCACCACUAUUCCCACGAUUGGAUUCAACGUCGAGACUGUGGAAUACAAGAACAUUCAGUUCACCGUUUGGGAUGUCGGUGGUCAGGACAAGAUCCGUCCUUUGUGGCGUCACUACUUCCAGAACACUCAGGGUAUCAUCUUCGUGGUUGACAGCAACGAUCGGGAUCGUGUUGUCGAGGCCCGCGAGGAGUUGCAGCGCAUGUUGAACGAGGAUGAGCUCCGUGACGCCCUCCUUUUGGUCUUUGCCAACAAGCAGGAUCUGCCUAACGCUAUGAGCCCCGCCGAGAUCACCCAGCAGCUUGGUCUCCAGAGCUUGACCCGUCGUUCUUGGUACAUCCAAUCCACCUGUGCCACCACUGGUGACGGCCUAUACGAGGGUCUGGAGUGGCUCGCCGAUGCGCUCCGGAAAGUCAACCGCGAUUAA